GUAACAUUGUCAAGAGCAAAAGAGUAAAAAUUACGUGACAAUGUAUUUCCAACUACAAUACAACUGUAACAGCUUAAUUGGGUACCUGUAUCCAAUAGCAGGAAUCUAUCGCUGAUAUCUCUUCAGUACAUUUGAGUGACAAAAAAAAGCUUGAUAAUAAGUAUUUUUUAAGAGAAGUUUAGGAAUUUCUAAAGUCAUGCAGACAGAAAAUCAUACUAACAAAUGUAAUAAAUAAUAUAUAAGUAUGAAAAAAACACCACCACAAAAACAGUAACCAAAUAGAAGUACAAAAGGCAAUCAGUAUGUCUUCAUUAAUUAUUUUGUGAAUGUGCAGUGCAGUGAAAUGUUCUUGUUUAUGAACAAAUUUCUCAGAAUACCUGUAUCAAAACUGUAAAUAUAAUUAAAACAAUAUAUAAAUAAAACUCGAUUAUUUGUGCCUAAUAUGUUUACUAUUAUUAUAUAACAAAAUAAAUAAUAUAUAUAAAAUUUCGAUAAAAAUAUAAUUAUUUCAAAACUGAAACUAGUCAAAGCUUAGUGAUGUAUGUAUAUAAAUUAUUAUUAUGUGCAGUGUGAAAUAAUGUUUAUUUUAUCCAUUUGUUGUAUAAAAAUCAGAUUUUUACGAGAAGUAUCUAAUUAGUGGUAAGGGUUAGUAAACCCAACGAAAUUAUUUUUUAUCAAAUACUUAUAUAGAAAAUCAUCCAAGAUCUAGGCCAAUCAGAGAAAGUCUGUUUCUCAUCAUGCUUAGCCGGGAUUCGAACUCGGGACCUCCGGUGUCACAGAUAAACGCACUACCGCUACGCCACAGAGGCCGUCACUUAGAUAUUUAAUGACCUUUUUAUAAGAAGACUUGUGGCCUUAAACAGGUUUUUUACCUUAUACCUAUAAGAAUUGUAAGUUCACUGUAAGUAAGUAAGUCAAGCGCAUUGUAACAGUUCCAUUUGCAUGAAAACAAUAUAUAAUUUUUUGUUUUAUUUGGGUUAUGAUAUAAUGUCUUUCAAAAUUGCUGGUUCUGUCUACCCCGCAAGACGCCAUUAUAUGAAUGGAUGAAUGGAAUAUAAAUAUGAACAGUUUCUAUCGAUUGAAGAAGCAUCGUUUUUGAUGUUGGCAAUAAUGGAUGAAGGUCGAACAUGAUAAAAUAUUACAUGAUGUAAUCACAAGAUGUAAACUGAUGUAAAACAAAGUAGAUCGUCCGAACAAGACGUCGUGUGAUUUGUGAAUGUUAUUGGAAACAUUUUAUGUGAAUAGAGUACUAGUUUUUUUACAAAAAUGUCUUUUAAACCAAUUACUCAUGUAUUAUUUGACAUGGAUGGAUUGAUUCUAAAUACAGAAGAUUUGUACACACUAGGGUUUCAGGAGAUCGCCUCUCGAUAUGGCAAGCAGUUUACUUUCGAGCUGAAGAACAAAAUAAUGGGCAUGCAGACCAGGGCUUUCGCAGCCACCAUCAUAAACGAACUCGGUCUGCCGCUUACUGUUGACGAGUUUGUAGCGGAAUCGCAAAAGAUUUUUAGAGAUUUAUUUCCACUCUGCAAAGUCAGACCUGGUGUAGAAAAACUGAUACGUCACUUACACAAGCACAGUGUACCAAUCGGCUUAGCAACAAGCAGUUCCAUCGAGUCUUACAAGCUAAAGACGGCCAAACAUCAAGAACUGUUCGACCUUUUAUCUACUAAGACCUGGGGCUCGUCUGACCCGAACGUGAAAAACGGGAAGCCAAGCCCUGAUAUAUUCCUGGUUGCAGCAGCUAAGUUCCCGGAUAACCCUCCCUCAGAAAAGUGUCUAGUCUUCGAAGAUUCUCUGAACGGCGUGAGAGCAGCGCGUGCGGCCGGCAUGCAAGUCGUCAUGAUACCGGACCCACAGCUCGACCGCGCGCUGGCCAAGGAAGCGACGCUUGUGUUGGAUUCUAUGGAUGAUUUCGUACCUGAACAAUUUGGGUUACCGCCGUAUGACGAUUGAGAAUUGUAUGAAUUAAUAAUGUCUAAAUAAUAUAUAUCGCGUCGCAACGCUGCGGGCAUAGGUUAGUAAUAUAAGACACUAAACAAAUUUAUAGAAAGAUACGAGAUAUUAUUGUAUAA